UAAUUUCAAUUUCUAAUGUUCACAGUGGACAAAACCAAACGCCCUCUUCACCGUUCCCACGCUAAGAAAAGUCCAGCAAACGAAACCGACCCAAAUGACCAGCGCAUAGCUGGCAACUCGCCUUCCAAUCGCAAUUCGUCAGCCAUGGAUUCGCUCUCUCCGCCACAAGAGCCGUAUCGGAACUGGGUGGAGCUGCCGCGGGACGUUACAGCGUCGAUCCUUUGGAAGCUGGGGGCGAUCGAGAUCUUGACCUCAGCGCAGCUCGUCUGCUCCACAUGGCGUAGCAUCUGCAAGGACCCCUCUAUGUGGAGAUCGAUCGACAUGCACAAUUUGGGUGAUCUCUGGGACAUGGAUUAUGAUCUUGGGAGAAUGUGCAGGCAUGCUGUUGAUAGAAGUUCUGGUGGCUUGGUCGAUGUAAACAUUGAGUAUUUUGGUACUGAUGAUCUCCUCCAAUACAUAGCUGAUAGGUACUGAUGGUUGUUUGCUUGUUGAAUUUUUUGAUAACGGUUUCUUUUGUGGUGAUAAUUUUGAAUUGAAUUUGGAUUAUUUUUUCAAUUCGUUUAUCGUGCAUUACUCAAGCUCCUUACAGUGCGAACAAAUUGAAUUUGAUCUUAUGAUUUUGUGUUUGUAUGUGAGAGGAUAAUUUGAAUCGUUGUGUUUAUUGAUACUUGUCUUGUCUGUUAUUGCUUAAUUUGUUAAUUUAUAUUUAGAGGAAAAUAAAUUUAGCCUUGAGAAAUUCUAGGGCAGGAAGCCUUUGUAUGUGAGCUUGUAUACAGGAAAAAUAGGUUAUAGCGGGAAUGAGUAUCUCCACCUUGAGACUUCCGAAGAUUAAAUCAGCGUCUAAGUAGAAAACGUUGUACACUAACAAGUUGGUCACUCUGAAUCCAUUUUCCAGAUCAAGCUGUUUGGUUGUUAGAAAAAGGAAUUUGCCUUAAUUAUCAGAAGUUAGAGGGAAAGAGAGUAAGAAAAGUAGAAUCAGAAGUCCCUUUAUGGUUCGAGUUAGCUUAGUUCAAGAUUUUCUUAGACUGAGCGAAAUUUUCCAAGUGUGAGAUUGGUUUCCGAACUCAAGGUCCUAGUGGAUUAGGU